UUUAUAUAUAUUGGCAGCCCUGCUUUUCUGUUUCACUUAUUUAUGACUUCAUGUGUGUAAUUAAACAUGGCGUCAUUUAAAAAGACAAACAUUAAAGUUUUUACAAAAGCUGGGCCUGAAUUAACGCCGGAUAAUAUUUACUGGAAAAAAUUUUCCGCUCCAGUAUUAGUGAAAGAAUUUGGUCCAAUUGAUUAUAUUGAUUUUUCACCAGCAGAACCAUAUCAUUUUGCUGUCACUUGUUCGGUGCGUGUUCAAGUUUAUAAUCCAAUUACAAAAUUAGUGACAAAAAAUCUCAGUCGAUUUAAAGAAUCGGCAUAUGGUGGAUCAUUUCGAAAAGAUGGAAAAUUACUUUGUGCCGGUGGUGAAGAGGCGUCUAUUAAAUUAUUUGACGUUAGUAGUCGAAGUCUUCUUCGAUUAUUUAAUGGUCAUAAAGCACCAAUACAUCGAACAUUAUUCACCGCUGAUGGUAUUCAUAUUAUAUCAUUUUCCGAUGAUAAAACAACGGCACUAUGGGAUAUACCAAGUGAAAAGCAAAUUUUAUCAUUUGAUGAGCAUAAUGAUUAUAUAAGAGCUGGUGCUGUGAGUCCUGUAUCACCUGAUAUAUUUGCAUCGGGCAGUUAUGAUCGUACUGUUAAUCUCUACGAUACAAGAACGAAUAAAAAAAUAUUUACCGUCAAUCAUGAUUCGCCAGUGGAAAGUGUUUUAUUUUUACCAUCAGGCGGAAUUGUCCUCUCUGCUGGAGGAACGGAAAUAAAAGUUUGGGAUACACUCACAGGUGGAAAAUUAUUGGCAAGAAUGUCGAAUCAUCAUAAAACGAUAACUUGUAUGACAAUCGCUUCAAAUGGACAAAAAAUUCUCUCAGGUUCUUUAGAUAGACAUGUAAAAGUUUAUGAUAUUGGAACAUACAAAAGUGUACACACAUUAGAUUAUCCAAAUUCAGUUCUUAGUUUGGGCAUCAGUAAAAAUGACGAGACAAUUGUGGCAGGAAUGGUGGAUGGUUUAAUAUCGAUAAGAAGACGUGAGGAUGAUUCUAAGGAUGAAAAAAUUAAACGUGAAAAAACAUCGUUUAGAUAUGCAAUUGAUAAAUUACAUUCACGUAGUAUUGAUGUGUUGGUUCGCGAGGAAAAUAAACAAAUAAUGGGAAAAUAUGAUACAUGUUUGAGAAAAUUUCAAUAUUCAAAAGCCCUUGAUGAAGUUAUGAGACCAUAUGUGAUGAAUAAACAGCCACAAGUGACGGUUUCACUUCUUCUUGAAUUAAUUCGACGUCAAGGCUUAAGGCAAGCACUCGCUGGUAGAGAUAAUAAAUCGCUCGUUAAUAUUCUUAAAUUUCUAAUUAGACACAUUGGAAGUAUAAGAUUUGGCCGAGUUAUUCUUCACGUUACCAAUGUACUCAUGGAUAUCUACGAGGAUCAUUUGGAAGAACUUAGUUCAGAGCCAAGAACAAUGUUUAAUCAUUUGUCGAAAAAAUUAGAGGAGGAGGAAGAAUUAAUAUUGACAUUAACGGAAUUACAGGGACCAUUGCAAAUGAUAUUGUCAGCUGCAGAAACUCUAGUAUCAUCGACAAUUGAUCCUCCAAAUUUGGAGCCAUCGAGUGCCGCACAAAAAAAUCUUGUCUUAAGUAUAGCUUAAUUUUCCCUUUUUUUUUUAAUAAAUCAUUAAAAUAAAGACCUGUACAUAUAGUUUUUAAUAAAAAGAAAAAUUUUUAAUUAAA